AUGUCGUACGAACCUACCUCGAUUCAACUUGAUCCAUAUUUAUUUGUGAAAAUAAUCUCAUAUCUACCCUAUUUCUAUCAACAUGUAUUUAAACGAGUUUCAAAGAAUAUUUAUGAAGCCGUUACAAACCACCAUCAUGAUUCAAUUAUGGAAAAUUAUAAUACCAAAUCAUCAUUAGAAAUUCAUGAUUUCAAGCUUGUGGAAUUAAACGAUUACUUUAAAUACAAAUUACAUUUCAAGAUGCAGGAUCCGAUAGAAAUUGCAACCGUUCUGAAGAAAAUGUAUUAUUUGGAUGAUCCUAAAUUGAAAUGGAUGGAUAAAUAUAGAGAUGUUGAAAAAUACCGGUCAAUUUUGAAAAACAAGCAUUGUUUAAAGAUUAAUAUAACACUCAUUGGUUGCGAUGAAGUGACUUGUCAAUAUUUGAACACAUUAGAAAAACAGUUCAAAGAUCAUUCUUUAUUUAGCGUGGAUUUCUAUUUUUCACAUUUUCAUUUAUCUGAUGCAUGGCAAUAUAAUUUUUCAUGCAGAUGUUUGGAGACGUCAGCUUCUCACAGAGUGUCACGUUUUUACAAUGAAGGAUCUCGAACUCGCAUCAACAAGAAAUCACCCAAAAUCACAUCUGUGGAAGGAUUUGAAAUGUAUUUUAAGAAGUGUGCGGAUAACUUGGGGAUCUGUAUAUCAUUACUACCAAGACCUGCCAUUAUUUCACAUCAAUUAUUUGUUACGACCUUUCCUGUCAAUGUAGAUUUGGAUUGGAAUCAAGCGCUUUUUGUAUUUCGAAACAAAAUUAUUAGCACUUGUGAGCCUACUUUGUUAGCUCCGACCCUCAAUUCUAUGGACAAAUAUGAAACCUGUUCUGUGUAUUCCUUUCUCUUUAAACCUGUGAAAAAACUAGCAUUUGACACUUAUUUGAGGACAAAAAAACCAAAGCUAUUCAUUAACGAGUAUCAAGCAUUUCUGAAGCAUGAAUUAGUGCUGAAUUGUCUGGAUAGAUUUCAAGUGUUACUUAAGAUUGCUCAAGAGAAUACAUAUGAGGUGCAGUUUAUUCUCUCAAAACAAUUCUCAACGACACCUUUAUACAUCUUGGAAGAGCUAGAUGCGUUGACUAUUUCAAAACACAAAGAAUUGUGUAAACAACUCAGUCUAAUUCCUCCAAAAUCGUCCAAUAAUGCAAUCAAAAAGAAACAACUGAAAACUUUGGAAGAACAACAACAAGAAAAGGACUUGUCUUUUAAGAAUUUUAAGCUCUUUAAUUGGAGAAAUGAUUUAUUGCUGAAAACGUUAAACAUUUCUGAAGAAGAGUUUCACAACAUGAAAAGAAAAGAGCAACAUCGUGAAAGCAGAGCAACAAAAGAUUCUUCAUCAAGCCAAAAGAAAAAUCAUUCCGGUAGUAACCAUCCAAUGGCUAUAUUGGGAGAUUUCAAUACUUGCAAGGAUUAUUAUUACAAUGAUUAUUAUUAUUCACAUCCAUAUUAUGAAGAGGAUGAUGAAUAA